AUGUCUUACAACAGCUCAUCUAUGUUACUCCUGGAAAGAUUAAAUAUACCUCCAACUAGUGUCUAUCUAGUAUUUUUUCUGGGAAUGUUAAUUUAUGGCAUCAUUGUUUUCUGUAAUUCCAUUGUCCUUUUCACAAUUGCUCUGCAGAAGCAUCUAUAUCAACCCAUGUAUCUGCUGCUUUUCAAUCUACCCAUUAAUGAUUUAAUUGGGGCCACUGCCUUUCUUCCUCAAUUAAUGAAAGAAAUUUUGCUUGAUUCCAGAUCAAUAAGUUACCCGGCCUGUGUCACCCAGGCUUUCUUUGUACACCUUUAUGCUGUAGGCUCUCUGCUGAUACCUACAGCAAUGGCAUAUGAUAGGUAUGUUGCUAUAUGCUUCCCUUUAAGGUACAGUUCAAUCAUGACAAAUACCCAUUUAAUGAAAAUCAUUGCACUGCUCUGGGUAGUGAAUUUCAUUUUGAUAGCUGUGCUUUUGUCCUUGGUUGUGCGGUUGCCUCGAUGUCGAUUACUCAUAUCUAAUAUUUACUGUGAUAAUCCUUCCCUUGUGGCACUUGUGUGCUCUGACACCAGUAUAAAUAACAUCUAUGGGUUGUUUUUGACAGCUGUGGUGCAAGCUCUGGCUUUAGGCUCAAUUCUCUACACAUACAUGCAGAUACUUUACACAUGUCUGAGGAACAAGCACUCGGAUGCAAGGAGCAAAGCUGUUCAAACUUGCACACCACAUUUAGUUUCAUUCAUCACUUUAGAAAUGACAUCUUUUUACAGAAUACUUUCCUAUCGUUUUGAGAAGACACCCUCAUAUAUAUCGAAAGUUGUUGGGGUCUUAAUUGUAACAUUUCCCCCAACCCUGAACCCAAUUAUAUAUGGUCUGAAAAUAAAAGAGAUCAGAACAAGAAUACCAUUGAUUUUCAGACGAAAGGUGGCACACAUCUAA